ACAACGCAUUCGUUCAGAGGUCGAACUGGUCGAAGGAAUUUCGUUUUAAUUUGUGGCCAAAAGAACGACCGUAUUUGAUUUUGAACGAAUCAAAAUGGAUGCUGGGUGUGAAUGAACUGUAUACUGAAACCAACAGCUUUUCAAUAAAUUGUGUCGCGGGUUCGAUUGAUGAUAAAAUUCCUACGUAGGGGUAUGAAUUUAAAAUUUUAAACAGUGAGCAAAUCGGAUUUCUUUCCUUUGCAGAGUCACUUUGCUUAUUGUUGAAAUCAGUAGUCACUGUGUCGGUAAUGUGUUUUUAUUACGGGAUUCUGGGCGAGCCCACAGCCCGCAGGUGGUCAUAAGAUGAGGAUUUCCAAGGAAAUGUUUCAUGUCGACCGUAAUUCGCGAGUGUUUGAUGUGUCGGUCUAUCCAUGUUCAUGUACGUCAUGGCGAAAAAAUUCGGACUAAUGUGUCGACGCGCUGUUUGAGCGGUCAGAAAUGAAAUGCAUAUACAGGAAGGAACCAACACAACCCUGACAACAUGUACCAAAAUGACAGAGGAAGUAGACAGAAGACAUGGCGUGAAUGGUAACAGCAGCAGUAAGGGUACAAGUGAUGAUGUUCCAGUUCACAGCUCAGCUAUCAAUGCCACUGGAGGAAGACUCAAGUUCUUCAAAGAUGGAAAAUUCAUUUUGGAACUGGUACGCGGAUGCCCACGUGAAGGCGAGCGGGCUGGAUGGGUGUCAGUGCCGCGGAAGACAUUCUGGCCGCCCGCCGCCGCGCCCUCCACUCCGCCUGCUGGCGCCCCGCCCUCCGCUGCGCUCAGCCUCUCCGACGAUAAUAGUUCCGUUCAGUCCUCGCCUUGGCAGCGCGACCAUUGCUGGAAGCAGGCAACGCCGCGUCGAAACAUAUCCAAAGAGUUAGCAAUGUACUACUGCAGGCCGAGCACGUUGCAGAUAUCUGCUAUAAACACGGCAAGCCGCCUUAAGCGGAGACGGCCCUAUGAUCUGACCCAUCUCGACGGGCUCGUGAAUGGAGGCAGUUCUAAAAAGUCAAUCAGUAACGGCAUCUACGAUAGAAAGCGUAACGGCGACGUGGCAUCGCCUGAGCCGCGGGGCGAGGACGCUAUCGACGGUGUUACGAAAACUAAAUCGAGCUCUGACGACGACAGGUGGACGGAUUACGAUCGAGAAAAGUACUACCAUAUGAAAUUGAAAAAACCAUACCAGUAUCGGAAGCUCAGGGUGUACAGGAAGACUCGAUCCGCCAUAAGGCGUAAAGAGUUAACGAAAACGAUUAACAGACUUUACGAACGACUUCCGCCGAUUCCGGCGCCCGUUAACGCGAAACUAGCGAGCUGCCGGCAGGAACACAUGAUGGUUUCUCCAAGAAAACGAAUCCUCCGGGAGCUCGAGCGGGUCAGCCUCGAAGAUCAAGGCAGCAAACGACGCGCGAAGACCGCCCCCGCGCUCAGCACCGCUUCGUACCCGUCGUCGCCGGGCCCGAGUCACGCGGCGCACAAACCACCGCAAGAAACGCCUACGCGAUCUCACAAUGGAACUGCUGCACCACGAAAAGAGGCAGCCGUUUCAAAGAACGUGAGCAGCUACAGCAUUCAUUCCCUGUUAAGCAUGCCCGACGAGAGUCCAACUCGACCGGCGCCGCCUCUCCCGACGGAAUCUCCGUCGAGCGUACAUUCGCCGGACCUGAGCCCGAGUCCGGACGGGUACCGGUACCGGCACUCGCUGGGCGUGCGGGACUCGCCCACGCCGCCGCACGAGAUGGCUCGGUACCGCGCGCUGACGCCGUACGCGCGCCACUGGAGCCCGGCCGCGUACCGCUCGGCGGCGCGCGAGGAGUGGCGGGACCUGCCCUACGUGUACGGCUACGGGUACGUGCCCCCCUACGGGUACCGCGCCCCGCCGCCGCUGUGGAUGCACUACGCCGUGCCGCCUAGUCCCUGGGCGCCGCUCACGCUGCCCCUCCUCACCGACCACAUCCCUAAAGAUGAAUCCGCUUCAGAUUUGCCGCUGAACUUGUCGAAGCACUGAGCAGCGCUGCGCCCGUCGCGAGUCCGACAUGCGAGACUGAUAAUAAUCCUGGUGAUGUGAAAUGUUAUUCGUUGAGAGGUCAAUCGAACUAUUGUAUAGAUUUUAAUCGCAUGGUGUGUUAAGUUCCAUGAUGGAUUAUGUAUUCACGAAGUGCGAAUAUAUCGUCCAUAAUCAUCUCAGUAAGCCCAGUGUUGUGGCUCAUGGUCAAAUUUUCGAAGCAACAUUCCAUUGUCGCACCCUUUGAUUGGCGCGUGUCAAAGUCCAAAAAGUACAUCCCACCUAUCUCAGCGUUCGAUUGUUUAUAUGAAUGACUAGUGAAUUGCGUUUUGCAAACUCGCAAAUAAUAUUUUUGUAUAGAUCAUAGUUUCCGAGCGACGUUUUUUUUUGUUCGGGAAUCUAUUUACAAACUACUGUAUAUUACAUUAAAAUAUAUUUUAGUAUAGAUGUAUGUAUGUAUGCAGAGUAAUGUGUGUAUUUUCAUAUGAAUCAUUUUGAUAUGCAAGUUAAAUAUUUUAAUAUUGGCUAUUAUAUUAGUAUAAGAUGAUCAAAUUAAAAGCCAUUAUCAAUUGUUAGCAAUCAGUGCCUUGGAAUAUAAAAAUAUUAUGAACAUAUUUAUAAAUGAAAGGUGUGACAUAAAAAUCUGGCUUCGUCCAAUUAUACAAAAAAUAUGACAAUAGUUUACAUAACAUGGGUACUGACAGUUUUCUUUAAAAAAAAACUCAAAUGAUUGUUCAGUAAAUAGAAUUGAUGAAAAAUCCUGUUGAUUUCAUGAUAUUGCGAAAUUCCAUAAAUAUUUAUGUUCGAUCUCAUUAUUUAAUUUAGAAAAUAAAACGAGGUAAAGACUACAGUUUUUUGGGAUCAAAUUUUGGAUGUGUGUUUAUGAAACCUGUAUGAAAUAUGUAUCUAUGCGACCUUGUAAAUAGUUUGUGAAUGGUGUAUUAUUGAGUCGUCGAGGAGUAGAUUUUUAUCGGAGCAUUAAUUUGCUAUACAAUAUAUGUGUAAGAGUUUAUUACCUUCAGAAUAAUUAUUGUAAUUGUACAGUAUUUUUAUAAUGAGUAUUUUAUGGUGUUUACGAUGAAUGAUGUGAAGAGUUAUAGAGGGAAUGUUGCGAGUACGUUGCGCAGUGUUGCCAGCGCGUCGCACGCCGCGCGCCACGAGCGGCCUCUCGCGGCCUCACGCGGGACUAACGAGAUUAAACGUAGACGUAGAUUAAUUGCAAUGACAAAGCUACGGGGUUAUGUAUUAUAAGGACAGUUAUGACGGUAAGGGACUGAUUUCAGAUGUAAUAUUAUCAUUAAAGGAAUUGUAUAAAAUAGUUGUGUAUUCGGAGGCCUAUUUGUACACAUCGUGUUGUCCGCCAACAAAGUUGACUUAGUAUAUAAACGAAUAGCUGUUAAUACAUCCUGCUCAAUUUAAUUCUUGAGUACAUGUAGUGUACAACGUUUUGACAUAGCGGUUUUACGGGAGGAAAUUUGUGUCUAAAAAUAUUGCACAAAAGUGUAUUUUUCUAAUGAUUUUAUUUGCAUGUUUUAAUAAGUGCAACAACAGACAUGAGCAAUGUUAAUUAUUUAAAAUAUGAAAACAAUAUCUUCGCUUGAAAGGUAAACGUGACUAAGCGACAAUGCGUGAAUUUUACAGUAGACUAAUCUAAAGUUGAA